UGAGACCUGUUCUCCAAUCGAGGAGUGAGCUCGUCGCUUGGGCAACCGCGUCCUGGAGACCCAAAUGGGCUGGGCCUCUUGAGGCCCAAGGCUUGGCGUCCGCGCGCAGGUGUGGGCAGAGCGAGACUGAGACUGGAGCGGGGCCUGGGAACUCUCCAAUUCCAAAAUAUUUUAUCGUGAAGAAAAAUGAAACGAAACAGUACCAAAGGCAACAGCACCAAGUCGGGCAGCACCAAAGCCAGGAAUUUAAUGAACAAAAUGAUGAAUACACCAGAUGGGCGGGCUUUGUAUCCUCGCACCCGAAAAUUCACACGUUCAAGACCCCACUCUUCACCAUGCCGAGUAUAUUCAAAGGACGGUUUCCGAAAUACAUUCAGACCUUCCUCUUCACCCUCAGCUGCUGCAAAUCCGAUACUUUCCUUCUUAGAUGUUAAGCAGAUUUUAUUUCAAAAAAUCACCGACAGAAGGGAUGAAUUGAAAAAAGCCUUCCAGCUGCUCGAUGUUGGCCAGAACCUGGCAGUGACGAGGCGUGAGCUGAGGAGGAUCGUCACCACCUUCCUGCUCCCACUCACCAAGGAGCAGUUCCAGGAUGUGCUGGCCCAGAUCCCUCUCACCAGCUCUGGUAAUGUACCAUACCUUGAGUUCCUGUCCAGGUUUGGCGGAAUUGACCUAAAUAUAAAUGCCAUAAAGAGGGGAGGAAGGGAUGAAGUGAACUGCUGCCGGACAUUGAAAGAACUUGAGAUCCAAGUAGGACAAAAGGUUUUCAGAAACCUGAAAACGAUCAUCAAAGCCUUUCAGCUUGUUGAUGUUAACAACACCGGCCUGGUGCAGCCGCAGGAGCUGAUGCGGGUGCUGGAGACCUUCUGCUUGAAGAUGACGGAGGAGGAAUACCGGAAGGCCCCCAGACGCGCCGUGGGACUUGCGACUCCAGAGCCCACUCUUCCCUUUCCUCCUUGGCACCAUGCCUUCCACUGGGUGGUUCCAGGCCACAGUGGAGUUACGACAAGCCUGGGAGCGAUCAGCCCCGAGCUGGCAGUGAACAUGGUUUAUGUGGAUCAAGGGAAGAGGAAUGCAGAGACAGAAGCAAGGUUCUCAAAACACUACAACAUUGAUAAAGACGCCGCGGUGGAUUACAAUAUGUUUUUGAAGAACCUCAGCAUAAGUAAUGACCUGCAUCUUAGAUAUUUUAUGUGGAAUCAAGAGGUCUCACCAGAGAAUCAACAAGCCAAAACCUUAAAGAGAGAGCAGUCACUCGAUUCUGCACCAUUUGAAGAGAGCUGGAACAACUAUUCCUUAGAUGAUGUUGAAAGGGUCUUCUGCCAAGAGUUCUCAAAGUCAGUUGAAAAGAUUGAAAAAGCCCUCAGCGCCGGGGAUCCCUCCAGAGGUGGCUACGUCUCUUUGAAUUACCUCAAGGUUGUCCUGGACACCUUUGUUUACCGGCUACCAAGGAGAACGUUCCUCCAGUUAAUGAAAAGAUUUGGAUUUAAAACAACCACUAGAAUCAAUUGGAAGCAAUUUUUAACAUCAUUUUAUGAGCUUCAGGGGUUGGAAAAUAGUAAUAUAGUUCCCCCCCUAAAAAGAGAUAGAAACCAAUCUUGCGGAGAAAAUGUUAUCACAAAGUUACUCAGACAUGCUGAAGACAGCUACGGGUUCCUGAAGAAAGGGUUACUGAUGAACAGCACCUCUGAACCUGACAGACAGAUAACAGGGGAGGAAUUGAGACAGAUUCUAAGUUCCACAGUUAUGAAAUUAAAAGAUUCAGAAUUCAAAGAGCUCAUGAGCACACUAGACCCCGGGGGCACCGGAGCAGUCAAAGUCAGCUCCUUUAUUGACCUGCUUGAAGCGAGCCCUAAGAUGAGACAAAUGCCGCCCCGUACAGGCGCUAAGACAUCUCUCCUCCCGGCCUGGGACUCAGUGGAAGAAACGGUUCACCGCGCAAUCGCUAAGAAUCUACGAGCUUUUUAUAACAUGCUGCAAUCAUACGACCUUGGAGACUCGGGGUUCGUCGCUCGGAAUAAUUUCAAGAGAGUCAUGCGCAUAUUCUGCCCAUUUUUAACAAAUGAACAUUUAAUAAAACUCUGCUGUAAGUUUCAAGAUACAACUUCAGAAAAAAUCCUUUACAAGAAAUUUUUGUCAUGCAUCAGAAUUAAUGGCCCCCCCACGGUCUCUCCGCUUCUGGUUCCAAAGGAUCAGCCAAAUGAAUGUUUUCAAAAAGGAGAAGAGCAGCAGCCGGUCCUCUCUGAGAGAACCAAGCCCACCAGCGACAGGACUGCCACAACCAAGAACAUGUCUAAAGAGGAAGUCAUUGAAAAACUCAAAAGUUGUGUAAAGCGGCAAGACCCAGCAUUCAGAAAUUGUUUCCUUGAUGUCAGCAAGGACCUUCACGGGAAGAUCAGCAUGCGUGACUUCAAGAAGGUCCUGGAGGACUGCGGGAUGCCCAUGGAUCAGGUGCACUUUGCGCUGCUGGCUACGAAGAUUGGCUGUAAGAAGGAGGGGAUGAGCUACCUGGACUUUGUGACAGGACUCGAAGAUACUAAAACAAGUGGGCUGGCUGCAACUCCACCUCAGACUCCGGUUUCUUCAAAAAUUCACUUGAAUGGCCACUUUAUAACUGCUGAAGAAUGCCUGAAACUUUUCCCCAAGAGACUGAAGGCGUCAUUCCGGGACCCCUACUCUGCCUUCUUUAAAAUAGACACUGACAGGGAUGGCAUAGUCAACAUGCGUGAUCUUCACAGAUUGCUACAGCGGCUCCUCUUCAACCUGAAAGACGAGGAGUUUGAGCGCUUCCUUGGCCUUCUUGGCUUAAGACUUAGUGUCACUUUAAACUUCCGGGAAUUUCAAAAUCUGUGUGAGAAGAGGUCCCCCCAGAUGGAUGAGGCACCCCAAAGACUCAUUAGACCCAAACAGAAAGUUGCAGAUUCAGAACUAGCCUGUGAACAGGCUCAUCAGUAUCUUGUUAUCAAAGCAAAAAACAGAUGGGCAGACUUGUCCAAGAAUUUUAUAGAAACUGAUACCGAGGGCAAUGGCAUUCUUCGACCACGGGACAUAAAGAACGCUCUGUAUGGCUUUGACGUUCCCCUCACACCAAGAGAAUUCGAGAAGCUUUGGCAGAGCUAUGACACGGAAGGAAGAGGUUGCAUUACUUACCAGGAGUUUUUACAGAAACUGGGUAUUAAUUACUCACCGGCAGUCCACCGGCCCUACGCAGAAGAUGACUUCAACCCCCUGGGUCGCUUCACAAAGCCCCAGCAAGUACAAGAAGAAAUCCAGGAGCUGCAGCAGAGCAUAGAAAGGGCCGUGCCAGCCAGGGAUCAGCUCAUGGGCCACUGUCAGGACAUCAGCAAAGCACUCAGUGCACUGGAUAAAUCCCAGUCCGGCUCCGUGCCCCUCUGCAAGAUGCAGCAGGUGUUGCAGGAAUGUGGCUGUCCCCUGAAGGAGGAGGAACUGACCGGUCUUCUGCACAGUUUGGGAAUCAUCUGCCAUGAUAAUGCCAUCAAUUACCUUGACUUCUUGAGAGCACUGGAGAACAGCAAGACAACUAGACCUCAGCCAAAAGAGAAAGAAGAAAGCGUGCCAAUCAGCUUCUCCACACUGAGCCCAGAGGAGGUUGUGAAGAACAUCCAGGAGGUGGUUAGCUCCUCCCACCCAGCUUUGUUGCAGACAUUUUCUGCAUUGGACAAAGAGGACACAGGGUUUAUAAAGGCUACAGAUUUCGGACAAGUGCUUAAGGACUUGUGCUACAACCUAACAGACAGCCAGUACCAUUAUUUUUUGAGGAAACUAAGAAUUCAUCUAACACCCUACAUACACUGGAAGUAUUUUCUCGAGAACUUCGGCUGUUUCCUAGAGGAGACUGCUGAUGAGUGGGCCGGGAAAAUGCCCAGAGUCCCACCGCCUGCAUCUCCCCAAGAAGUGGCCAACAGAGACCUGCUGGCGCGUCUCCACAAGGCUGUGACUUCCCACUACCAUGCCAUCGCCCAGGAGUUCGAGAACUUUGACACCAACAAAACCAACACAGCCUCCAGAGAUGAGUUCAGGGCCAUCUGCACCCGCCAUGUGCAAAUCCUGACGGACAAGCAAUUUGAUAGGCUGUGGAGCAAGAUGCCCGUGAAUGACAAGGGGAGGCUGAAGUACCAGGAAUUCCUGAGCAGGUUCGGCCCGGAGAGGGCAGCCACACCGCCAGCCACGGGCGACUCGGCCCGGGCCCAGAGGGGGAGCAGCGUCCCCGAGAUCUCGGAGGGAACCCGGUCGUCUGCCGUCUCCCCAUCCACACACGACCCGAGGGCAGGCUUGAAGUCGCGGAGUCACCCCUGUACCCCGGCAGGCACCCCAUCACUGCAGAACUAUGAGCCCAUCGAGAGCCGGCUCCGGAAGCAGGUUCAGGGCUGCUGGCGGGAGCUGCUACAGGAGUGCAAGGAGAAGGACGUGGGAAGGCUGGGGACCAUCACUGCGCCUGACUUCCUGGAGCUCGUGCACAAGUUCCGCCUGGAUGUGAGCGUCGGGGAGCGCCAGCAGCUCCUCGCGAAGUACGACCUGAGGAACAAUGGCACGUUUGCCUACUGCGACUUCAUCCAGAGCUGUGUGCUCCUGCUCGGGGCCAGGGAGACCUCGCUGACGCAGCGCAUGAAGAUCCAGAACGCACACAAGAUGAAAGAAGCUGGCGCCGAGACAUCCUCCUUCUAUGCAGCUCUGCUGCGCAUCCAGCCCAAGAUCCUGCACUGCUGGAGGCCCAUGCGGCGCAUGUUCAAGGCCUACGACAAGGGCGGGACGGGGUUCCUGAGCACCGACAACUUCAGGAAGGUGCUGAGGCAGUUCAGCAUCAACCUCUCUGAGGAGGAGUUCUUCCACCUGCUCGAGUACUACGACAAGUCGCUGUCCUCCAAGGUCGCCUACAACGACUUCCUCCGGGCUUUCCUGCAGUAGGCACAGCCGAAGCACACCCCAACAACAGACGGGCCCCAUCUGUCUCUGCAACUAACCAAGCCAUAGAACCAAGGGGUCUGAUAAAUUUCCCAGCGCGUCUGCAGAGCAGACACCAGCCCAGCCUGCGAGUCCAAACUCCUUUCUCCACUGCCACCAGGAGGCCCUGCUGGGCUUGGGCAACCUCAUUAGUUUGAACAAAUAAAAUAAUCUUUGCAGGAAUGAUUCUUUGACACUUAACUACUAAUGAUAAAAUAUUUAGGAACUUGGGGAUUUCUGGGAACUGUAUUCCUGGCUGCCUGUCAGGCCUCUGCUCCAUCCUCCCAGGGGCUGUCACCUCCUUUACCCACCAAUGUCCCCAUCCUGGAGCACAGGACAGACUUCUGCAACCCGUUUCACUGUCUUCAUGGUGCAUCUCUGUCCUGGGGACACCGCUAGCUGUCCCUCCUCUGUCACUGGCCAGCCUGACCCCCAGAGAAUACCUCAUACCUCAGACAAUCCAGGCUCUGGGCUCA